CCGCCCCUCUCCCUCCCACCCCGCGGCGCUCGCAAACUCCUUUCUGGCCGCGGGCUGUUCCCCUCCCGCGCCCGGCGAGCGACGCGGCCGCGGCCCCCUCCCCCUUAUUCCCUCCCUCCCUCCCAUCCCCCUCUCCGGGACCCGCCGGACCCUGAGCCCAGGGUGACGCUCCCUGGCUCCCCAUCCCACCCCAGCAUCAUGCAUCGGACCACACGGAUCAAAAUCACGGAGCUGAACCCUCACCUCAUGUGCGCCCUCUGUGGCGGCUACUUCAUUGACGCCACCACUAUUGUAGAAUGCCUGCAUUCCUUCUGCAAAACGUGCAUUGUGCGCUACCUGGAGACCAACAAGUACUGCCCAAUGUGUGAUGUCCAGGUCCACAAGACCCGGCCGCUGCUGAGCAUCAGAUCUGACAAGACUCUCCAGGAUAUCGUGUACAAAUUGGUCCCGGGGCUUUUUAAAGAUGAGAUGAAGCGACGGCGAGACUUCUACGCCGCGUACCCGCUGACCGAGGUCCCCAACGGCUCCAAUGAGGACCGUGGCGAGGUCCUGGAGCAGGACAAGGGGGCCCUGAGCAAUGAUGAGAUCGUCAGCCUCUCCAUCGAGUUCUACGAGGGUGUCAGGGACCGGGAUGAGAAGAAGAGUCCCCUGGAGAAUGGGGAUGGGGACAAGGAGAAGCAGACUGGAGUGCGCUUCCUCCGAUGCCCGGCUGCCAUGACCGUCAUGCACCUGGCCAAGUUCCUUCGCAACAAGAUGGACGUGCCCAGCAAGUACAAGGUGGAGGUGCUGUAUGAUGACGAGCCCCUGAAGGAGUACUAUACGCUCAUGGACAUUGCCUACAUCUACCCCUGGCGGCGGAACGGCCCCCUCCCCCUCAAGUACCGCGUCCAGCCGGCCUGCAAGCGGCUCACGCUGCCCACCGUGCCCACCCCAUCCGAGGGCACCAACACAAGCGGGGGCUCCGAGUGUGAGUCCGCCAGCGACAAGGCUCCCAGCCCCGCCACCUUGCCGGCCACGUCCUCCUCCCUGCCCAGCCCUGCCACCCCCUCCCACGGCUCUCCCAGCUCCCACGGGCCCCCGGGCCCCCACCCAACCUCCCCCACUCCUCCUGCCACAGCCAGUGGGGGGCCCGCCAAUGCCAACGGGGGCACCUCGAACUGCCUGCAGACUGCGUCCUCCACCAGCAGGGGGCGCAAGGUGACUGUCAACGGCGUGCCCGUGCCCCCCUUGACUUGACCCUCCCUCCUUGGCAGCCCCCUCUCCACUUUACUUUUUCUGGGUCCCUGUUUUCCACCACUUCUACUCCCCAGUUUUUCCCACCUUAGGGUUGGGAGGCGGGUUUUAUAAAUAAAUCUAUCUAUCUAUCUAUAUAUAUAUGUAUAUAGGAAAAACCAAAUACACAUACUUAUUUUCUAUGGA